UUCAGACUUACGCACCAUUCUGAAAAUGUCUGCUGUACUGAAAAACAGCCAGAAAUCGCGAAAUCUUCGUUAAUAGCCACCGUGCGUCUCACAAAGCUCGAUAAAAAACGAAAAAAUCAUUGAAAACGAUUUUCAGUGGUAAAAAAUAUUCAGGUAGUGAAGGGGUGUUUUUUUUUCUGUAGUACAAAUAUAGAGAUAUAAGUCAUACUCUAAAUCAGUGUUGCUCGAAGAGAAGGAAUUUUGUGAGUGACUAUCAAAAUUUUGGACUUUCGAAAGCAUUUCAGACGCACUUCGCAAAAUCACAUCAAUAGCGCUUUUGUAGAAUAGAGGCACCAAGAAUCCUAGCUUCGCUCUAUCAUGGUUUUCACGAAAAGUAUGCCUGCUGGCAAAGAAGGUGACACGAAUUCAGCCAAUGGUGCCCAACGAACCACGUUCAGGCCGCCUUGGGUCAAAGAUGGUCCGAGUCCUUUACCAACACCAACAGCUCCUUGGACACUGAACAAAACCAACAGGAGAGACAGCAACACAACUGAAACUACUUCAGAUUAUAAUCCAUUAGCGGAAGUACAGUUGAGAAAGGCCACGCUUAAAAAAGCGCCCUCACAAGAAAAUGGAGAAAGAGAGAAAAAGAAUAAAAUUCUAGCUGGAGUGCAAUUGAGAAAAACAAGCAUUCAAACUAAGGAGCCUCAAGAAAAUGGUGCCAAGGAGAGCUUUUUCCAGAAACCUGCUCUCAAACCAGUGCCACAACGGGAAAAAACGCCUCCCAAGAAGGAUUACAAACUGCACAAUCUGCCCCAAUUACAGAAAGUUUCGGAAAGAGUUUUGAAAAGCCCUCCAAGGAAGCCAUCCGUUGCGAGUGAUGACACAUUCUCAUCUGAUGAUGAAGCAGAAAUUGAUAAGGAAGUUCCUACCAAACGAAAUGCCCUUGUCAGAGAGGCGUCCAUGAGACGAUUGUCCAAUAUUCCUGCACCUCCACCACAACCAGGGAUGCCUCCUCCUCCACCAAUGAUGCCAGGCGAAAUACCCAAAAAGCGUCUCAAUGAAAAGCAGAAAGAAAGGCUGGAUAAGCUCAAGUCUAGACCUAAAAAUCGACCAGAUUGGAACAACCUACUACAAGAAAUCGAGUCAAAGAAAAAAUUGAAACAUGUAGUAUGCAAUGACAGGUCCCAGCCCCUUCUACCAGAAGCCAAAGCUCCGGAUGAACACUUUUUGUACAAGAGCGAAGAACCAAAUGUUCACAACGUGCUUCUGAAACAGAUCGAAGGUGGAAUCAAGCUGAAGAAAGUAAAAACAAACGAUAGAAGUAAACCAUUGCUAGAUGGCCUGCGGAAAUUUAGGAGGCAGAUGACCAUCGAGGAACAAAUCCAGAAGUCUAUUUCAAUGGCUAGUAUAGCACCAGAAGAAAUUGCGGACGAAAUUGACGAAAUGGAUGAUAUAGACAAAGUUAGAGACGAUCUUCAGAGUACAAAACAAAUGCUAGCCCUUGAACUCAGAAAUAAAGAAGCUCAAGAGAGAGAAAACAAAAGACUGUUAGCAAAAAUACUCAAUCUAGAAGCAGAGUUGGAGAAAGAGAAAAGCAAAUCCAAAGAGGGUGGUGCUGAAGUUUCUAGCAAUACAGCUGACGAAAAGGUCAUUGAGUCGUUGAAGAAAGAAGCAGAAGAAGCCAGGAAAACGUCGGAGGAUCUUGAAAAGAAAUAUAUUUCUGCUGCUGAGGAACUCGAUUCAGUAAAGGCGAUGUUGGAAGAUAUGAAACGACAGAAUCAGAUGUUGGAAAGGAAGAUACAGGAAUCCGCAUCAGGAAUAUCAACUCGCAAUAAACUUGAAAGUUAUUGGUUUGAUGAUAGUGAUGACGAAGAAGGGAAAACUACACCGUCUGAACCAGGACGCUUUUGGUUUGAUGAUAUCGAUGAAACGAACAAUGAACAAGGAGAAACUACACCAUCUAAGUCGGGAAGCUUUUGGUUUGAGGACACCGAUGAAAUCAGUGUACAAGGUAAGAAAAUAUCCAUCUUAGAUCGCAAACAGAGCAAUGCUAAAGGUGAAGGAAGUGACGACGAUUUCGAAGAUGAAGAGCCAGAGCCAGAAAGCGACGGAGAAGAUACUGAGGAGAAACGAGAAAAACGAGCUCAAAAGGAGUUGAAAAUGCUGACUAAAAAGUUACAAAGCUUCAAAAAUAAGGAGGAUAAUGCUAAAAAAGAGCGAGUAGCUUUAAGAGAAAUCAUCAAAAAACACCAAGCUGCAAUCAAAGAAGAAAAAAAGAAAUACGGACAACUGAAAAAAGAAGUGGAUAAAAUGGCAUCUUUGAUGAAAGACGUAGAUGAAGAUGAAGAAGAAGAGGAGGAAGAAGAAAAAGAUGUAGAGGAAGAAGAAUGCGAAGAAGAGGAAGAAAGCUCUGAAGAGGAAGAAACCGAGAGUGAAUCUGACGACAGCGACUCGGAGAGAAGCCAGAGUGAAGACGAAGAUGCUCCUAUCGAAAAGAAGAAAGCAAAUCUGACUGCAAGAUCGAAGAGACACGAAAAUAUACUUAAUGCGCUUAAGAAGGGUAAUUUCUUAUUGAAAACAAAUGCUGAACGGUUGCAGGACGAUUUGAAUAAACAGAAAGAGAUGACUGCCAGUUUGCAAGAGGACCUCGAUUCUGUUUUAUCAGAAUUGGGUUAAUUGGUUACACAGAGUUUUUGUGGAUUAUUUAAGAAAUUGGUUGUUAACAUUCAAUCUUGAAAACUAUGAGAAGUGUAUAUAGUUUAAAAGAUAUUUUAAUAUUUAACGGUAUUAUAUUGGCAAUCAUCUCUAUUCCUUUGGUGUUAUACAUAACUUUGGGUUAGUUCUAAAAUUUGAGUGUUGUGAUUAAGUACAAAUGAAUCUAUCACUGAAUAGGAAAAUAAUUGAAGAAGUGAUAGUGUUUAUUCCAUAUCCCAUAAUUUUUGUUGAUUCUCUCAGAAACCUAAUAUUAUCUUUGGAACAGCCAUUUACAGAUAUUAAUUUCAUGAUUAAAGUUGUCAGUGUAAAUAUAUUUUUGUCUAGAAUUAAGAGAAUAGUUGAAAUUUUUAUAUUGUUCAUAUAUCACAAAACGUAUGUAUUUAUUUGCUGAAAUAAAGUGUGAUAUGCUUCAUUAUUA